AUGGGUAAGGAACUAAGAUUAAUUAAAAACCUGGUAAAAGCUAUCGAACAAGUCGAGCCUAUCUACGCCGAUGCUGCGCGUAGUAAAGAACCUGCAAACUUGUCAGAAUUGCAAGCUCUUCUAAGUGAAUUUAAGGUUUGCCUAAACGCAGAUAUUGCGUUGCGAAAUGCCCGAGAGAUUUAUGACGACGAUGGGACUGAAAGCAACGCAAGCGAGGGCAGUGGCAACAAUGAAUCCAACAUUUCCAGUAAUACCAACUUGACCAGUGGGUCUAGCUACAGCAGUUACUCUAGUUCCUCCGGCUCAUCAGAUGUGAGUGAUGAGGAUGACGACGAAGAUGAUGGAAAAGAAAGUGGAGAAGAGAGUGGAGAAGCGAAGGAUGACGAAGAGGACGACGAAGAGGACGACGAAGAGGACGACGAAGAGGACGACGAAGAGGACGACGAAGAGGACGACGAAGAGGACGACGAAGAGGAUGACGAAGAGGAUGACGAAGGCGAAAGAGAGAGGGCAAAGGAAGCGAAACAAGGCGAUAAUCGAGAGCAGUGCAAAGCUGUGCCAGAUGACCAGAAAGAUGAAAGCGAAAGCCCUGACGUAACCGUAAGUGGCGGAAACAUUUACCAGACUCAAGGCACGAUUGAUACUUUGGCCGUCGCUAAUGAUCUUGAAUGA